AUGAGUUUAAACGACAUUCAAGUACCCGUGGAGGUCGAUCCCAAUGAGGAUACAGAAUGGAACGACAUUCUCCGUGCCAAGGGUAUUAUUCCAGAGCGCCCCAAGUCUCCAACCGAGGAACUAGAAGAAGCUUUGGAACAAGCCGUCAAGGCUCAACACGAAAACCGUCUUGAAACCAAGAAUUUGGGUGAACUUGAAGAGCUUGAAGAUGAAGAAGAUGAGGAGUUUUUGGAAGUUUAUAAGCACAAGCGUUUCCAGGAACUUCAGGAGCUCCAGAAGAAACUGAAGUUUGGAUCUGUUCAGCAUGUUACCAAGCCUGAAUAUGCAGACGAAGUUACCAAAGCUUCUGACGACUGUUUUGUGAUUCUUCACAUGCUGGCGCAGCUGGCGGUCCAGUCUCGUCUUCUUGGGCUGCUUACGGUCGAGUUAGCCAGAAAGUUCCCGGAGAUCAAGUUUUGUGAAAUUCCCGCUAACAGAUGUGUUGAAAACUACCCCGAGGCAAACUGCCCCACGUUAAUCAUAUACCACAAGCAGCAGAUUGCCAAGCAGUACGUCACGUUGACGCAGUUGGGUGGCAGCGACUGCAAAUUGAAGGAUUUGGAGAAGGUGCUUGUCGAGAUUGGUGCAGUGAAGGAUGCCGACGAGCGGUUGGAGAUUAAUCAGAAUGACGAGGACUUGGAGGAGAGUAGGAGAACGCGGUUCGUGCAGAAGGGCAUCAGGGGUCCUGCUCUCCAUGCCGAUGCUGAAGAUGACGAUGACUUUUACGACUAA